AUGAUGAUCACAGUGCUCUUCUUGAUUACCACCUAUCUGGCGUUCUCUAUGUCUGAAAUCAACCAAAAGCUCAUACCAGCUCAAUUAGAUUGUAAUAAUAUAGUGUUACCAAUUGAAUAUUACUCACAGACAGUGUUUUUCGAUAUGGACGUGCACGGUCAACCGGACUUGAAAACAUGCAUCUUGAAAAAUAAUCUUUCUGGUCUCACACGGAUCUUAAUAGGCGUGUAUGGUACAAAGAUAGACAUUCGAGUGAACGUCACAAGAAACUUUAUAAAAACCAGUGAUAACCCCAAUGUGAUAAUCAUGACAAAAUAUUUGACACCGAAGAUGAUGGACUCUUCACUUUGGAAGUUCUUUUUUAGAUCCAGGUGGUCUAUACUGUACAUUGUCAUGACUGGAGACAAGUUCAAAUGCGAAAAUGGUACAAUGGAUACGAGUAACUUAGCAUUGCUCGAGAGAAUGAUGAAUGUUCUCUGGCAUAGGUUUCAAAUCAUGCGUGUUGCUAUAUUAUUUCCUUUUACGUGUGAACAAAAAAUUCUUCUGUAUCACGGAAAACGUCCGUCAUCUAACAGUUUAUAUGACAGAUCGGUUAAGUUAUUUAAUAAUUCCAACCCACAUGAUACAUAUUUGGCAAUACGGAAAAGUGGUAAAAAGUUAGCUGAUGACUAUCCUAUGCGAGGGAGUAUAUUUUAUAGAUACCCUACGUCUAUUAAGGAUUGUAAGAAUAUGCGCUACUAUGACUCGUAUUAUAAUUUGAAAUUAACUGGCGGGUACUGUGGUGUGGAUGGGAUGGUAAUGCACGACAUCCUCUCACAUCUAAAGUUUAACCUGACCAUGCCGGAAAAUGAAAACUGCGACAACUACGGGUACGCAGCGCCUGGUAACGUCAGCGGUGUGUUGGGGUGUAUCAUUCGCGAUGAGGUGGACAUUUCCUUCAAUUCCCGAUUCUUGACAUUGUACUCUGACGAACAUCUUUAUUACCUGCAUUUUGUCAAGACUGAAAAAUUGUGUGUUUUAAUAAGAAAAACCGACAUCAUACCAAUUUGGCAAGGUGUGUUUGAUAUGUUAACUCCAGAGCUGUGGGCACUCACAGGCAUGGUGUUAGUGGCAAUAGCUUGCAUCCUGUGGGCCACUGCGCUGGUAAAUAAGACUUUAAGCGGUUCAGAGACGGAGACAUUCUGGAGCUAUUUAUAUACCAGCGUAUUAUCCACUAUGAUCGGCUACUCGCCGAUGAGUACAAAAUCUUUUCUGAUGAUACGAAGUGCUUGUUUAAUGGGAUCAAUUCUGAUAUUAGCUCUAUAUCAAGGCCACAUGAGUAGGGUGUUCACCACAGUCAAACAUUUCCGACAAAUUAGAACUUUACGAGAUCUUUACGGUUCUAGUAUUACUCUGUAUACUUCUCCUUCAAUGAAACAAUUUAUGAAACAACUACAGAAUCCUGAGGACAGGUUGCAGAAGGAGUUCUUCGAUCGCGUAUUCGUGACGGUCAACGGACAAAUAGGCAAGUACCUACCUAAUAGCACACUCUUGCACCGUAGAGAUUUAGCUACAAUCGAUAGAAAAUCAGACGCCUUAAUGCAGAUUAUGAAAAACUACACCGACCGCUUCGGUACGCCUAAGAUCGAUAUAGUGGACGAAUGUUUCUACACUUAUUAUUUGUCAUACGUUGCGCGAUCAGACUUUCCAUUCUUCGAAGACGUUCAGUAUUUCACGGAGCGUCUACAAGAAGCUGGUCUCCCAACUAUGUAUUACAAGUGGACACAGCAGAUGCUGAACAUCCCAAGAUUGGUGACAGACGACAACCGCAGCCUUCCACGACCACUCUUCAAAAUACGGUUGAGGGACGAAUGCGUGGCUUUUGCGAUACUAUUCUUUGGUUCAUUAUGUUCCCUUGUAAUUUUCGCAGCUGAAAUAUGGAAGGGGAAACGCCGAAAUAAGGAAUCACGAAUGACAGAUUUUAAGUAA